GGACCGCAACCUUCUACUGGCAACCUUCCAGUUACCAGCUAACCCGCUCUACCUGAGCUACAUGCCGCCCCAGCACACCCCCCGCAGCACCUCUGUGCUGUUCCUGGUCUACAUUUAACUUUCAGUUCGGAUGUCGAGGCGUUUCUGGCAGGAGGUCAUCGUUUUUAAACGCCUACAAGGGCCUGCCAAUAGACGUUGCAAUAACAACACAAGGAACAACACACUCUUCCACCCAGCGACUUUUCAGCAGACGUAGGCCUACAGUAUUUUAACAGGAAGUAUUUUAGCAGGCAAGUGAAAUGUUUCUGAUGUUUGGUGUUAUUAAAUUAUUGGAUUGCAGAGUCUGAUGGAUUACGAUGAGGAAUGGCAGCACAACGACCUGUGGCCAAAUGGCAGCUACUCCAACGGCAGCAGCAGUGGUGCUUUGGAAACACCAUUUUUCCAACUACUUGACAAAAUCCUCAACAUCGUUGUGCCAAUCACCAUGUUCUGUACCAUGGUGUCGCUGGGCUGUACCAUGCAAUGGUCCAAGAUCAAGGAUCACAUGAAGAGACCCAGGGGGAUGAUCCUAGCAGCAGGCGCUCAGUUCGGCAUCAUGCCUCUCUCGGCAUUUGUCCUAGCCAAGGCGUUCAAACUGGAGCCGUUGCCGGCGGUGGCGGUGAUGAUCUGUGGCUGCUCCCCGGGGGGAACCCUGUCCAACAUGCUGACGCUGCCCAUUCAGGGCGACAUGAACCUCAGCAUCGUGAUGACGUCCUGCUCAUCCGUGCUGGCUCUGGCCAUGAUGCCUCUGCUGCUGUACGUGUACUGCCAGGGCUUCCCCGGCCUGGUGGGCUUGGUGCCCUACGGCCGCAUCAUUCUCGGCCUGGUGCUGACCAUCGUCCCCUGCACCAUCGGCAUCCUCAUCACCCACUUCAGGCCGCAGUGGACCCGCUCCACCUCCAAGAUUAUCCUGGGUGUCCUGACGGUAGCCAUCCUGCUGAUUGUCGCUGUGACGGUCAUGACUGUGGGUAAACACAUCCUCCUGGAGAUGAGUCCUUCCCUCAUCGCCAUCGGCAGUCUGAUGCCCCUCAUCGGCUUCAUCCUGGGAUACGGCCUCGCUGCCAUGUUCAAGCUCAAUGAAUCAUCCCGGAGGACCAUCUCCAUGGAAACGGGCUGCCAGAACAUCCAGCUGGCCUACGCCAUUCUGAAGUUGUGUUUCCCGCCAGGAGUCAUCGGGAAUCUCUCUAUAUUCCCUUUAGUCUACAUCCUAUUCCAGCUGAUGGAGGCUGGAGUGCUCAUUCUGGUGUCCAGAUGUUACCAGAGGUACAAGACCAAGCAUAAAGCUGCAGCGGAGGAGCUGUUCCAGCCAACAGACGACUACAUUGGGGUUGAAGUGGUUAGGGAACACUCACCUGAGACACUCCCCGAAUUAGAAACCUUGAAGCAAGAUCCUGUUGACAAGGGUUAGCUUGAAGUGGAAAAGGUGACGUCUGUCGAGAGCACGUGCCCUCUCGCCUUAGUGACAUUUGUCACAGUUGGGUCCACUACCUCCUAAUGUGUAUAGAAGUCAGAUGGAAGUACAAUGCUUUGGUUGCUCAGAACUUUUGGUAUGUAAAUGUACUCUUGAUUGAAGUGAUCUUUAGGCCUAAUAAAUAUUUAUCAAAACCGAGGAAAA